UCCAUGAGAGAGAGCAUUGUGGGGACUCCUGGCCACCAAGAACAAAACACAGAGACAAGAAGGGAGCGUGUCAAGAAAAAAUAACAUAAAGUUGAACUUGAACGUCCUAAAGAAGGAGGGAUAUGACUUGACUCUUCUCUCUUUUUGAGUUAAACAAUCUUCAACUAUUUAAUGACUCUCCAACGUCUCUUAUCUCUAUAAAGAAAUCUUCACUGACCUCACCACCAAGAGAAGCCAGAGAGAUUGAUCGUCUGUGACUGAACGGCUACUGCUCUUCUUGGCUUUUGCAGCAGGUAAGAGAUUAAAAAUAAAUUAAUAAAGAAUAUUUCUUACUUAUUCCCCUUAGAGCCACCAAUGCUGCUAAGAAAAUCCAUUUCCAACACCAAAAAAUUCUUUCAGAAAACCAUGCAAAAUUUGAAGUCUUUCUUUUCUGCCACUGAUCAUUACGAAAGAAUACCCAAAACCCCUCCCUACAAUCCAAAAUCUUUUAAUUCUGUUGGCGUUGAAAUGGAUAUCCAAGCCAGUUACAAAGAACUUGACAAGUUUUACACUGACUUCACCAACCAAUGGGAGUCAGAAAAUGGGAAACCGAAGAAGAGAUCGGAGAAGAAGAAUAAUAUAGCAUCGUCGCCAAUGAAACAAGAAAAGGAGGUUAUAAGCGGGAGUUUCAUGAAGCUUACAAAGUCAAGUCCACUGAAGAACGACAAGGAUCAGAUCAUACCUGGAAGAGAAACGCAUCAAUAUUCUAAACAGAAAAAACAAGAAGAUUUAGAUGCAUGUUCUGCGGGUACAAGAGAAGAAAGGAAUUUUUUAUUAGUGGAAAAGCUAAAGGAGCUAGAGAUGAUGGAUAUGAGCAACGUGGAUCAUUUGUUAGACAUAGAAGAGGUUCUUCAUUACUAUUCUCGCCUCUCCUGCCCUGUUUAUGUCGACAUUGUUGACAAGUUUUUCAUGGAAAUGUACGCAGAAUUUUUCAGUUCCUCGGCAAACGCUCCAACUCAUCAUAAUAUCAGUUCAAGGCCCAAGCUACGAUCAGAGAGAUUAUAGAAUUUUCUCAUAUCAUCCACUGACUCCAAAUUUGAUGCGAGAAAAAAAAAAAAAAAAA